GCCCCGCGCUUCCACUUCCGGCGGCGGAAAGGUCGGCGCGACCAUGGCGGCGGGCGGCAGCGACCCGCGGGCUGGCGACGUGGAGGAGGACGCCUCGCAGCUCAUCUUCCCCAAAGAGUUUGAAACAGCUGAGACACUUCUAAAUUCAGAAGUUCACAUGCUCCUGGAGCAUCGAAAGCAACAGAAUGAGAGUGCAGAGGACGAACAGGAACUUUCUGAGGUCUUCAUGAAAACUCUAAACUACACCGCUCGUUUCAGUCGUUUCAAAAACAGAGAGACCAUUGCCAGUGUCCGCAGAUGGCGCGGUCUCCUUGUCGGAGCCGGUGGCUCCGGGCGGGAACCCAGCAGCAGUGGGUGCUGCCCGGUCAGGGGAGCCUCGUUCAGCAGUCCCCCACCUUCUCCUGGAGUAUAGCUGUCCCUCAAAUCACCAACAAACACUCCCGUGUGACCCUCAGCUGUUCUUUCUAUCUGCUCCGGGACAAGGCUCGGGACCCGUCUGUCUAUUCCACCGCCAUUUUUUUUUUCAAUCGACAGUCUUACCUUUCAAUAAUCCUACUUCCAGGAAUUUAUUUUUAAAACACAGAAUCAACUGCACAAACAACUAUUCAUUUACAAUGAUUUUCAAAAAGCAUUGGAAACAAAUGAAAUGUUCAACAAGAGGAAAUUUGAUGAUUAACCUUUUGCACUCGGAUGUUGAGUGCAAAUUACUCUUUGAAUGUAUCAAUAAUUUGAAAUAUAAAAAAAUCCAAAUAAAUAAGUUUGUAUGA